AUGAGCACGGAGUCUGCAGCAAGCGACUCUCUCUUAUACGAUCCGUUAUUGUCGAAUCAUCCGAUUUCCGCUCUUACAGAAGCCCACUUGAGCGACACUGAGUCCGUUCUUGCGGGGCCCGCCUCCCUGAGUACAAACCUUUCAACAGCGGCCCACAGCAUAGACGAGGGGCUGUCAACUGAAGCUGACCAAAAAAACGCAGUUUCGAUAUCGCGUCGCUCACAGAAUGUCCAAGAGCAACUGCGCGGUUCUUCAACGGCCGUCAGCGUCACCGCAUUGGUCAUCUGGUUUUCUUUAGGGUUGUUCGUAUUCCAAUCCCUCAGGGCAUCUGAUGGUUCUCAAAAACAAGAAUUACACCCUCAGAAGAAGCAGCGGGUACAUUUGCAGCCAAAGCAAGGGCGUGAGAACAGGCAGAGAGGCUCUAGAGGAAAGUUACUGCAUCAACUGGAUGAGCUGCUGCAACUGCAAGCAGUGGCUGUCCAGCUAGCCGAGACUACACAGAAUCAUGAAUCUCACCUCGCUUUGCAUGAUUUUAGGGAGAGUUUAGAGAGGGCUAAACGUGUGAAAAAACUGUUGGAAGAUUCUUCGAGCCCGUGGAAGUCGCCUGAUAAUGUGAUGGAGAAGGCUCUGCACAGGGGCUUCUCAGCAUUGUCUCAUUUGUAUGAAGCAUCCAGGCAACAUGGCCUCACUCUGGCGCGUGAGGCACUGGAUAUUCAGCCGGCGCGUGAGUUUUCUGUCCAGGAACUAAAGAUCAUGGAAUCCUAUUUGGGUUCGCCUGUUGUAGAGGCUAUAGAGAACCACAUGAAUAGUCUUAAACUCUCCUGCAGGGCGUUUGCCUGGAAGCUGGAGGAGACGGCGACGGUUCUGGAGAACCUGCCAAGGUUGGAAAAAGUGGAGGAUGGAGUGCUCCUGGAUGCCAUUGCAGCACACUUGAAUUUCGUCAAGGCAGUACAUGAGGCAGCAACAGUGGGUCGGCAAUCUGCUCAAGAAGUAGCAUCCAGUGCAGUGGCAGUGACCCUUUCUCAGCUCGUGCGAAACCAGAUGAACCGGUACAGAGAAUGUCGAGAUCUUAUGGAGGAGAGGCGAGCCAUGUGCAGAGAAGAGAGAGAGCGGCACGAAUCUCCUACCAAAGAGGGCACCGUGAACAAGAAGGAACUAGAAACGGUCGAGCUUCUGUUGAAGAGAGGAGAGCAGCUGCUAAGUCACUACCAUGGCGAUAUCGAAGAGCUGCAAAAGGAAAGGGAUAUCGAGCUGGCAGAAGCAGCUAGAGUGCAGACGGAAGAUCUGGGAAAGGAGCUAAAAGUGCUGCUGGAUGUGGCCUUCGCUCGUAUGAAUGUUUUUCCCGAAGCCGCGACACAGAAUAAGAAAGUGGAAGAUGCUUACAAGGCCACGCUCGACUGGUUUUCUCCGAUGGUGGGGGAGGAGCAGGGGCAGGAUAGACCGCCGAGCAAAAAGCUUCUUAACCAAGGGAUGCUGAACUUGCUGACGGGAUCGCUGUGGCAGACCGAAAACAACGCAAAGUCGGCUUGUCAGCAAGCUGGCAUUGCAGCUACCGCGAUUUCACUAGGCAGCGAAGCGGGAGCGCCCGGACGGGAUUUGAUGGCCGCAGCGAGAAGAGCAGCCGCGACUGCAGAGAGUCUCGUUGGGAGCGCCGAGGUCUUGUGGCUGCACGCACAGCUACUAGAGUCGCUGGAGUGCGACUUGCGGAUGAGCGUUAACCUGGCACAGGUGGGAGCAGCACGAGCAGGACUGACAGAGACACCGACACAUGAGCAACGACAAUGGGUGGUGGAACUCUCAGAGCCUCACAGGCUUCACGUUGAAGCUCUCGAGAGAGAUGUGGAAACAGCGAAAAACUUGGCGCGGACCCACUGGAGUGCAAGAGAUGUGGCUUUGUCAGCAUCCACUAUGAAGAAUGCAGCCGUAGGGAUUGCUUCGUUUGUGCAGCAGCAACAGCUGAAGCAAGCCGUAGCGCUUAUACCGUAG